AUGGAUGAGGAUGGGAUUGUGAUAAGAAACAAAGCUAGACUUGUGGCUCAAGAUAUGAUGAAGAAGUAUGGAUUCUUUGAUUGCAAGCCGACAAAGACUCUGAUGUCCUCAUCAACAUCUAUUGGCGCUGACCCAAAUGGCGAUGAUGUGAAUGCAAUCCUGUUUCAAGGAAUGAUGGGCUCUCUACUCUAUCUUAUUGCCAGUCGCCCUGACAUUAUGUUUCCUACUAUAUUUUGUGCUCGUUAUCAAGCCAAUCCUAAGGAAUGUCAUAAUCUCACUAUGAAAAUGAACUUUCGUUACUUAAAGCAUACAACCAAUCUUGGGUCAUGGUACCCUCGUGAUUCUGAGUUCAAGCUGGUAGGAUACACUGACUUCGAUCAUGGUAGAUGUCGUAUCGAUCGCAAAAGCACUUCAGGAGGAGCUCAAAUGCUUGGAAAUAGAUUGAUAAGUUGGUCCAAAAAAAAGCAUACAUCGGUGGCUUGUUCUACCGCUAAACCUGAAUAUGUUGCCGCUGGAAGGUGUUGUGCUUGGAUCCUAUGGAUUCAGAAUCAACUCUUAGACUAUGGUCUAAAUUUCUCGAAGACUCCCAUUUUCCGUGACAACACCAGUACCAUUCAAGUGAUACAAAAUCCAGUGCAACAUUCCAAGACCAAGCACAUCGAGAUCCGUCAUCAUUUCAUCAGGGACAUAGUUUAA